CUGGAAGGUGGUAAGCCUGGGUGAGUGGCAGAGACAGAGAGACUCCUACACCAAGCAGUAACUCUCUGGGGAGGCAAAGAGAGGGUGCUUGCACCCUUGUCUGGUGGCUGACACUGUCAUGAGGGGCAGACUUAAGGACACAUGGAUUUUGCCCUUGCUGUUAGCUGGCUUAAUUCAGCCAAAUCUGGGACAGGAACAACGGAAGGUGGACUGCUAUGACUCCGUACAAGGAACGGUCUAUAACUUUGGGGCUGUCACCAUACAUGGUGAUGAGUACAUCCCUUUCCAGAAGUAUGCAGGGAAGUUGAUCCUCUUUGUGAAUGUGGCAACCUAUUGAGGACUCACAAUGCAAUACCUUGAACUGAAUGCACUACAGAAUGAACUGGGACGCCACGGAUUAGUUAUCCUAGGCUUUCCAUGCAAUCAAUUUGGAAAACAAGAACCUGGCGACAAUUCAGAAAUCCUUCCAGGACUGAAAUACGUCAGACCUGGAGAGGGGUUUGUUCCAAAUUUCCAGCUCUUUCAGAAAGGUGACGUGAAUGGGGAUAAAGAACAGAGAGUCUUCACCUUCCUGAAGAACUCCUGCCCACCUGUUGGAGAAAGCUUUGGUGACCCCAAGAGACUUUUUUGGGAACCUCUGAAGAUCCAUGAUAUCAAGUGGAACUUUGAGAAGUUUUUGGUUAGUCCAGAUGGGAAGGCUCUGAUGAGGUGGUCGCCCAAGAUGAAUAUCGCCAUUGUGAAGAAUGACAUCUUGAAAUAUAUGAGGAAGCUGAACCUGUUGUAUGGCUAGAGGCCUUGUAGAUGUAGAGACACAAGCUGAAGGCAGGGAGGAGGCUGCUGUUUUAUUCAGAACCAUGCAUUUUCUUGCCAAAUCAAAAAAAAAAAAGAUCUCCCUUGAAUCAAAAAUCAAAAAAAAGGUUAAGAUAGUAAAUUCUUAAAAGUGAACUAGUUUAUUCACAGUCAGGGCAUGUUAUAGUAUAGAGUGAUUUUUCUGAAUAAUCCUUCCUCAAAUGACAUGAUUGUGAACAAACUGUGGAAGAGAAAGUUGACCUCCACUUAAUCCAGCCAUCAUCCAACCCUAACAGUUUAGCUUCCACCAUGUUACCAGUAGGAUCUGCCCCUGCCAUCACUCCAAAUGGAGUCAUUCAUUAGUAGCACACUGUAUUACAUUUGACCAAAGCUGAGAGUAUUACAACAAAGUAGUCUUUUGGUUUUGCCCAUGUGGAAUAUUGUGGCAUUAAAAAUGUAGGGGGUCUUGCCCCUCUCUUUGUUGACAUAUUUAUGCAAAAAUGCAUUCAGCAGUCUUUAGGCACCAGGCUUUGUAAGCCAAACCACACACACUUCUAUCUAUACAACCCAGAACCUUGUGACACCUUAAAAGACUGAACAGAUUUAUUGUGGCAUAAGCUUUCAUGGACUAGAGCUCACAGUGGGGUAGCAAAUAUGGUACCCUCUAGCCGUUGUUGGACUACAAGUUCCAUCAGUCCCAGCCAGGCAUGGCCAGUGGUCAGGAACAAUGGAAGAUGUAGCUGAACAACAUCUAGAACCUGUGGUUCAUAUCAGGUCUCACCUAACUUUAUCUACAAUUCUUUGCUAACAACCUAGGUCACACUGCUCCUGUUAGGGAUGGGCAGAUCCUUCAGUAACAGGAGUCAACAUUUUGGGCAGCUCUGGAUAAGGCACAAUCCACCUCCCUUCCCUGGCAAAGAAAACAAGUCCAUCCAAGUUGAGAGUUUGUGGACUGGAGUGUCUAAAAAAUGACAUUGUCUCCUCCAAGUGUGGACCAGAUGAGAAAGGGGUCUGGGGACAAGAAGAUGCAUCAGUAUGACAGUUAGGUCUGAAAGCUCCCAGAGAGUGGACCUAGCUCAAGGCUGCAAAGGGACAGUGGGACAGCCCUUCUAGUGCAUUCAAGCUGCUCCACGACUCACCUUCGCAGAGAUGCAGUCCUUCUUAUCAGCCCCGCAAUCCUAGCCUCUUUUGCCUCCACAUGUAUGAAAAUGGUCUAAUAAAAACCAGCAAGCAUUCCAUGCAA